AGAGCGCGGAACGCGCAGCGCGGGCCGGAGGGAGGGUGGGAGGGUGGGCGAGGGGAGAAGACUUGAGCACCGGAGACCGGACGGGCCCAACCGAGGGGCGGCGGCGAAGGACAGAGAGCCGCGAUCUCUGUCGGGAAGCGCAACCUCCCCGGGCCCCGCGGGGCCGCGCAGGGGGCGUUCUCAACCCCGCGCCCGCUCUCUCUUUCCAUCCCGUGCCACCCGAAGGCCACCCCGGGGCCCGGUCAUCCGCGCGCGCAUCCCCGGGCUCGGACCCGUCCCUGGCCCUCGAGGGAGCCGCCGCCUUCAUCUCCACUUCUGCAGUGGCCGCAACAGAGGCCGCCCGGGCAGGACCCCGGCGUGAGUAUCGGGCGCCCCCUUAGGAGAGUACGACCCCCGGAUCCGCCCUCAACACGGACUGCGCCCGCCGGGCACACAAGAAUGGUCACUCAGAUACUGGGGGCCAUGGAGUCUCAGGUCGGGGGGGGCCCGGCCGGCCCAGCCCUGCCCAAUGGGCCACUCCUUGGUACAAAUGGAGCCACUGAUGACAGCAAGACCAACCUCAUCGUCAACUACCUGCCCCAGAACAUGACCCAGGAUGAGUUCAAGAGUCUCUUCGGCAGCAUUGGUGACAUUGAGUCCUGCAAGUUGGUUCGGGACAAGAUCACAGGGCAGAGCCUUGGCUACGGGUUUGUGAACUAUUCUGACCCCAGCGAUGCAGACAAAGCCAUCAACACCCUCAACGGCCUCAAAUUGCAGACGAAGACCAUUAAGGUGUCCUAUGCCAGACCCAGUUCAGCAUCCAUCCGGGAUGCUAACCUGUAUGUCAGUGGGCUCCCCAAGACUAUGAGCCAGAAAGAGAUGGAGCAGCUCUUCUCCCAAUACGGUCGCAUCAUCACCUCUCGCAUCCUGGUGGACCAGGUCACAGGUGUCUCUCGGGGUGUGGGAUUCAUCCGCUUUGACAAGAGGAUUGAGGCUGAAGAGGCCAUCAAAGGACUGAAUGGGCAGAAGCCACUGGGUGCAGCUGAGCCCAUCACGGUCAAGUUCGCCAACAACCCGAGUCAGAAGACAGGGCAGGCUCUGCUCACUCACCUCUACCAGUCAUCUGCCCGCCGCUACGCAGGUCCCCUUCACCAUCAGACGCAGCGCUUCCGGCUGGACAAUUUGCUCAACAUGGCCUAUGGAGUGAAGAGUCCCCUGUCGCUCAUCGCCAGGUUCUCGCCGAUCGCCAUCGAUGGCAUGAGCGGCCUGGCUGGCGUGGGCCUGUCAGGGGGUGCAGCAGGUGCCGGCUGGUGCAUCUUCGUGUACAACCUGUCGCCCGAGGCAGACGAGAGCGUGCUGUGGCAGCUGUUCGGGCCCUUCGGGGCAGUUACCAAUGUCAAGGUCAUCCGUGAUUUCACCACCAACAAGUGCAAGGGCUUUGGCUUUGUCACCAUGACCAACUACGACGAGGCGGCCAUGGCCAUCGCCAGCCUCAAUGGCUACCGCCUGGGCGAGCGUGUGCUGCAGGUGUCCUUCAAGACCAGCAAACAGCACAAGGCCUGAGCCACUGCCCUCCCCGCCCGUCCUCCCACCCCUCCCCGGGCAGCAGAGAAAGAGAGAAGGGGCCCGAGAGAGACAGCGCAGGCAGACCCACGGACGACGUGAGGGACCCACAUCCUUGUGAAGCCACAGGGUGAGCACAGCACUUGGGGGAAUGGGAGGGUGUGCCGGGAAUGCCGGUGCCCGGGGGUCCCUGCUCCAUCCUCUUGCCCCAACCCCAGGCUGAGCUGGUCACUCUCUUGUCUUGGAUUGGUUCAUGGUGAAGGUUUUUGUUUCUUUUUUUGGCUAAAAAGAAAGCAGAGGUGUGCCACUACCUGACCCUUGGCCACCCUUCAUGGGAUGGCUUGGGGACUAAUGGGGGUGACCUCCCAGGCCCCCUUGCCCAGGCCUUCCCAACUCCUAGGUGGGCUUGGGGAGGGGAACAGGUUUAAAAAUCCCCAAAAAAAUGAAAGGAGAGGAGGCAGUGUGGGCACCCCUGGCCCAGGGCCCCCUUGGUGGGACGUGGGGAGCCAGGGAUAGGGCAGGAAGCAGAAACAAAAUGAAAAAAAAGGGGGUGGGGUGGGUGGGAGGGGUCUUAAGAAAAACUCUAUUUUUGUAAAAAGGGAAAAAGACCUCGUGGAGAAUUUUUACUGGGGAUUCUUGAACUUGAAAAAAAAAAAGACAAAAAAAAAAGAAAAUAUUUUGGCAGGUUAUGUUUACCAACUGGGGCAGGGGUGUGUCAGGGAAUGGGGGCUGAUUAGAGUCCACGUGGGGGGGCCAUACAGAGAAACAACCAUGCAAAGACACACGGGGGACACACUCAUACCUCGGGGACACACAGCAGCACAGAGACAUGCCCCCAGACACAUUGAGGGGACUCACUGGCCAAACUCAGACAUGUGGACAGGAUUAGACAGAAGGAGACAGGAGUUGGGGGUACAGCAAGGUGGAUAUGGGCAAACUCGGACACAGAUGUAUGUGGGCAUGUACAUGUGGGUAUGAGAAUACGUCCAUCAGCCCACGUACACACAUGAAAGUUGAGACAGAUAUAUUUGGACAUCAAAUCUGGACAUCCAGUCACAGACAAACACACACACCACCCAGGGACACACAGACAUGCCCUUAGCAUCCCCACAGACCCAGGUAGGAGGUCCCACCCCAGACCCUGCCUGGUCACUACCACAUCCUCCUGGUCCCCCCCAUACCCCUCCCGCAGGUUCUCUGCAGAGCUCUCUCCUGGACCCUUGGUGGUCUCCCUGCCGCCCAUGAACACAGGCGUGCACACACAAUGUCCAUGCACCCAGACACACAAUACCUCGUUCCACUUUGGCAUCACAGUGGGCUGGAGGCAGCACCCACCCACAACACUUGAGGCCAAAGGACCCCUGUCCCUGUGGCUAAGCCUCCCUGGGCCAAGGCCUUGCAUGGCCCGCAAAGCCAACAGGAAGGCCCAGCUCUGAGCCUCCUCCACUGGGCCAGGCCUCCCCUGGCAGCAGCACCGAACACUCCUCGCCAGCCCCAGGGUGGAUGGGCCCAGGGCCUAGCCCUAUGAACCUUCCUGUCCACUUGUCACCCACCUACCCCCUUUUGGUUUGUUGGGGUUUUUCUUUUCAAAUCGGUGAAGGCAAUGGACACAGCCCCCCUCCCAAGCUCCAGCUCUGGCUUCUGUCUGGACUUUGCAUCUCUGUAGUUUUCUUUCUUUUUAAAAAAGUAAUAAUAAAAUUCCAACAGAAGCCACACAGGCUGGAGUCCUUGGAACCACUCCCUGAACCCCACUCCCGCACAGGCCAGUCAGAACUGAGAAUCGCAAAACCCCAACUCUAGCUACAGUUGAGUUGCUUUCCUGCCCCCACCCCCAUGUCCCCACGUUUGGUGUCUGGCCAUGGCCCUAUCUGACUGUCCAGCUCUCUCUCCCCUACCCCUCCCGGUGUUGUUAUUAAACGUCUGUGGAGCUUCUGCUGCAAGGAACAAAAAGAAAAAAAAAAUCAGAAAAGUGACAAAAAAACACAAAGAAGAAAAAUAAGCGACAAGGAAAAAAACACAGAAAUUUUUCUAAAAAGGAAAAAAAAAAAAGACAUAAACUGGCACCAGUUAACUUUCUUGUACUUUUUUGCUGAAUUUAGCUUCUUGUAGUUUUAACUUAUUGCUAUGUUAACUAUUUAUUAUUCCUGUUGCCCUGUAAGGACAUCUGUGUAUAUUUCUGUUACUUCAUCCAGUUUGCAAGUUAAAGGAACGAUGAUGUUCUCUUUGUUUCUUUAAGUUUUGCUGAGACGUGGUUAUGCCUAAUUUAUUUAUAAAAGGGGAAGUGGAAUCAUUAAAGUAAUAAUAAUUAUUAAUAACAGUAAUGGUAGCCAAGUGGCACCCGGGGGCGUGUGCUCCAUGGGGCAGUCCCCAGGGCCAGCAACGUCCGGGGUCUUAAUGGGAUUAUUUUUGCUCUUGUCUUGAGAAUUUUUUCAGUCCUAUUUAGCUGGUGAAAACCCUAGCUUGUUCUUGAUACAUGAACCUAUUUAUUCUUGUGGUUUUAAGUCCUCCCUGCCCUCUCCCCUGAAGCAGGGCAGAGACUCCCCCCAGUGGGUCCACCCUUCUCCCCUGCUUUCUUGAGGCCUCUCUCCUCUCCGCCCUCCACACGUGGGAACACACGUCCCCGUGGGAGGCGUCUGAGCAAUAAAGGCUGGCUUUGUCCCCUGCCCUGGGGGAGCCAGGCUCCAGAUAGGGGGCACCUCCCCACACCCCCAACCAAGGCCUGCAGCCCCCAAGACUUGGGAAGGGACUUCAUUUUCUAAAACACUAAACUCAGCCCAGCCAAGCCCCCACCCUGGAGGCCAGCCUGUCACCCCAAGGGGCCAGGCCAGGGCUCCCAGGAAAAGAGGAGGCCUUGGGUCUUCCACGUCCCUGGGGGCAGAGACAGGCAGGGCCUGUGGGGAGAGGGCUCAGCCCCUCCAGCCCUCCCUUCAUCCCAUUAUUUAUUUGGAAGGUUUCAAAUCAUGACAGAGUCCAUGUUGGAGGUGAUAAAGAACUGUUUAAAAAAAAAAAAAAAAAGACAAAAAAAAAAAAAAAAAAACACAACCCAACACUUUUGCGUUGCGUUUAGACUAUUUAUUACCAGGAUUAUAGGCCUGGCCGCGGUAACAGACUUUUACAUGGAAUUGUUUAAUUAUUUGUACUUUUCAUGCCAGAAAAUAAAAGUUCUGAAUCUUA